GUAACAAGGACACCGCUUUGUUAAUUUUGUUCAAUUAGUGAUUAGCUUGAGUUUGUUCCAAGUCCGCGAAUUGUCAAGUCUCAUUAUCCUAUUGAAUCAUUUAUAAGUGGAAAGAAAGCGGAAAGGGCAAACCAAUUAUCACGCAACCUUGGCAAGUUCGUUUUUUUGUGACUUUCAAAUGUGCUCUUUGACAGUCGUUUAAAAGGACUAGCGUCGAAUUUCAGCGUCUCUACAAAAACAUAUUGGUUUCAAAUAUCCUAGAAAUUCAGUGUCUCAAGUGUGAAGUACAUACAUUAAGAUAACUUCAAAACCAAAAUAGUUCAACUUUCCUUGUUGUUGGAUCAAUAAUGUUCUCGUCGUGCAACACCCAUCCAAAAUGGCUUCACGUCCACAACAAACAGACAACUCGAGAACCAGCUUGAUCUUUUCCGCUAGAGGUCCAAUCCCUAUUCAACUGGACGAGCACCCUUCAAACGAAUGGUCGAGUGGAGCCUUGGUCUUGGAUUUGGCCUUCACUCAACCUGAAUCGGUGAGCGAGAUUCGAUUCCGGAACUUUUACACGGCAAAAUUCACCCUUUUACUGCGGUUCGAUGAUUCCGUUCAAACGGUUCCGAAAAGGGAACAUCUGGCUUGGGCGGCAGCUGCGAGUCUCAGUUUGGCUCGACUGCGAGGCGUUAACUCAACUGAAGGCAUCAAAAUUGGUAGAAAUUUAACAAGCUCAAAAUCGCUUUCGGAUUGGGUGGUGAGUUUACAAAGCAAAGUGCUAAUGCCUGAUCCCCAUUCGGAAUUGGGAUCCCAGGAUGUUGGAGUCGUGCCCUCAUCAGAGAGUCUAGCCCCGUGGCAUGACAUUACGGCCAUGAGGUUUCUUUUAAGGCAACCCAGUCCCAAUUGGAAGACAUUCAACUUGGAAGACAUCAUGGUGUUUCGAUAUCCAUUAGGAAACGCCAAAGGGCUUUCAUUGCGUUCCCCCACGUUAGGAACUGUUCCCGAAAGAGAGGCUAACGACCAAGAGUGUCGGCCCAAAUCCGAGCUGGAAAGUUUAAUUCAACAAACCCAAUCGCUUUUAAUGGAAUCGCUUCGAAUCCAUAAUGGUGAGAUUCGGAACAACGAGAAUCCUGGCCAUUCGGUGUAUGAAAUUAUGUCGCUUCAAUUGGGCCAAUAAAAUCGUUAAA